ACUAAUACAGUUUGUUGGCGGUAAACACAUACUGACGACAGUACAGUUGUCCGCUCACAUCGUUAUAGCUGAGGUCUGAAUAAGCCUGAGUUUGUGUGAAUAUUGUUUUAUCUGUAUCAGAAUUGUGAACCACGAGGUCGAUGUAAUAAUUUAGUCAUCCAUGCCUGAUGUCGUCAUAACAUUACUCACUGACCGACUCCAUGCCUUCCGUGCAGAUCAGUUGAAGGUCCAUGCAGUCCGUGGAUGGUAAUGCUAACACACAGUGUGCGGGUACACGACCUUCCUUCGUGCCCCGUCACUCCGCCUGACGCUCCACGCUGGGAAACCUGAGGGUCUGGCUAACACGGAUAUAUGUCGGCCGCUGUGCAGGGUGGGGCCCUGACUCGACAAAACUGAUAGUCACGUGACUGUGCCCGGGGGUAGAGCGCAGAGCGAUGGCAGGAAGGAUUGUACUUGCGUUAGUGUGUCUGUUCAGCGUUGUCAGCGUUGGUUCAGCAGGAUUCCCCUCGGACGCCAGCGUGACCAUCGCCCCGUAUGGCUCAGUACAGACACCGACUGCUGGACAGGACUUCGUGCUCAAGUGUUUUAUAGACCACGGUCUUUUCGAGUAUGUUGAGGUAUUCUGGAUGAGGAAAUCGGAACGGGGCAGGGGGAAUCUGGAGCCCAUAUUCCCGCCUGGGACAGGCUCAGACAGCACAACUCAGAUCACUCCCGGUGUCACCAAAUACAGCAAGCGGUCAGGCUCUAGUUCCCCAGGAAAACAGUACUCUUUCCUCACGAUACAUUCUCUGACCUACAAAGAUGAUGGUGACUACGUUUGCGGUUUCUUCAGAGGCAAAUACAACUUGAGCGGCAUCUACGAGAUGAACGUGGAAGGUGGGCCAAAUAUAUCUUCAAUGGUCACGGAGAAAAAUGGCAUUGUGGGAUACCAUGAACUGAUCAAAGUGGAGUACAUCGCCCGACCCCCCCUCGACAGCGUCACGUGGUAUGGUCCAUCGGGAGACGUACUCGACACCAACACAUCCAGGGUGUACAUCAAGGAGUCGCAGCAGAGUGAUGCGAGGGGGUUGGUAAUCCUACACAUCACCAACUUCUCUCGUGACGACAAGGGGGUGUACAGCGUCGUUCUCAGCAACGACGUGGGAGAUGACAAUGUGGAGUUCGAGUUCCAUGCGGACCCCUUCCUGGAGGUCGUAACCCCCAACUCCACCACGUUCCCCCACGGCUCCACUGCAGUGUUCAUCUGUAGGGCCACCAACUUCAGGAGCCAGCCCAUGUUCAUGUGGCACCAUGGUUGGGCGAAGAAAGAUUUGCUGGAAAUGCCUGCUACCAGAAGCGUAACCUUGGCAACAGAGAAAAGCAUGACCAGCAAUGUGACCACGUGGAUGUCGACGGUGACGAUCCGAGGCGUCAACUACAAAUUUAUUGGCGUCAUUGAGUGUGCAGCGUCCGAACUCGGGGAGGUGUACGCCGAUAGCAACACCAUCAACGUUAUUGGGUCGCCGAUGAUCCAGUCCAGCAUGAGGUCUGUGCUGGCGCAGUUGGGGGAGACGGUGGAGUUGCAGUGUAACGUGUCGUCCAACCCGCCCCCCACACAACUGCAGUGGCUGUUCAACAGGAACACGGUCAAGUUCCAGAAGUUUGCCGCCAAUUGGACAUCGCGAGACGUCACUAUGGAAAUGAAACAUGUGGUGGAAGUGACAACAACAGAAGACUUUGGAAUCUACAUGUGUCAGGUGACCAACAUGUACGGCACCAAUGGCUACAGUAUCCACCUCAUCGGGGCCAUGUACAACUGGUGCAGGGGCAGAUUGUGCCCCAAGGACAAGCUCUGUGACGAGGAAAACAUCGUCUGCGUGUGUCCACAGGGAUAUGCCGAGAACAAGGAGGGCGUCUGUAAAGACUCUGCGCCACCGACACAGGCAGUGGAGACGUACGUGUGGGCGGCCGUGGGCGCCAGCAGCUUGCUCGUGGUCAUCUUGGCCAUAGGCAGCAUCCUGUAUAUGUGCUGGAAGAGACGGAACAACCUGCUCAAACAGAAACAAGUCAGGUCGGACAGAUUCGCACUUACCAACGCAGUAUACUCCCACGCUCAGUAUGCCACUUCUAACAUCUAUGAGAUUAUCACGAGACCCAGUGACGAGUUCCCGCGGGAACGCCUGAGAUUUCUCCACGCACUUGGAGUCGGCAAGUUUGGCCGGGUAAUGAAGGCGGAAGCUCUUAGCAUCAACCGCACAGGAUCCUGGGAAGAUGUAGCAGUCAAAAUGUGUCAAGAGUCUGCCACAGAUCUGGACAAAGAGGAUCUGUACAAUGAGCUGAUGAUCAUCAGGAAAAUCCCCAAACACAUCAACGUCGUCAGCUUCUACGGCGCCUGCACAUACGGAGAGCCUCUCCUUCUCAUCUUGGAGUAUGUCCCUGGCGGGGAUCUGCGCAACUACCUGCGCAGACGCCGACCUGCCUACGACAAGACAUGGGAGAGUCCAGUCAGUGUACAUGAGAGCCCCCCUAGCUUUGGAGGAAGUGUCCAAAGAUGAUGGAGAGCUGACGGCCAAAGAUCUACUGUCCUUUGCUUUACAGACAGCCAGAGGAAUGCAGCACCUUGAAGCCAACAGCAUCGUACAUCGUGACGUCGCUGCCAGGAACGUCUUGGUCGGAUACAACUGUGUGUGCAAGAUCUCGGACUUUGGUCUCGCGAGAGAUGUAGAGGGCGUGGACGUGUACGAGAGGACGUCCAAGGGGCCGCUCC